GGUGCCCCUAAUGCUUGAAAUCAAAACAAAAAGCAACUCGAUUGGCAACCUUUAAUGAAAUUAAAUUGAAAUAAUGUCACAAAAUCAGGUGAUUGUGCUGCAGGCAGGCUACUCGUACAAGGAUGCAAACGAGGCGAAUGCAAUGCGCGCCAACUGCAGCUGCACGCUGAUAAGCUGUCGCGAUGGCACCAACAUAAUUGUGGACACCCUAACCGCCUGGGAUGGCGACCAGUUGAAAUCCUUGCUGGCUGCGCAGGGCUUGCAGCCGGCCGAUAUAAAUGUGGUCGUUUGCACACAUGGGCACUCGGAUCAUAUUGGCUGCAAUUAUCUAUUCCAGGAGGCGCGUCUGCAUAUUGUCGGCUCGUGUGCAUCCAAUCGUGAUCUUUAUUUUGAGCAUGCCGGCGCACUGGAUGCGCAUGGCGAGGUGCUGGUCGAGGAGACGCCUGGACACACGCUGAGCUGUGUCUCGGUCAUAGUACACAAUACAAAGCUGAACGGCACGGUGGGCAUUUGUGGGGAUCUGUUCGAGCGGCGCGAGGACAUAGACGAUGCACAGAUUUGGAAGGCUGCGGGCAGCGAGGACGAGAAGCGACAGGCUCAAGAGCGGCAUCGUCUGGCGGAAUUGUGUGAACACAUUGUGCCCGGACACGGGCAAAUGUUUGCCCUAAAUGCCGAACUGCGUAGAAAACUGAGAACUUGUGUAGAACUGAGAACAACGUAGCACAUGGCAGUUGCUGAAGGUUCCUAGUGAUAGGGUUUAGCAAGCUAUGAUAUUAACAUUAUAUAACGACUGCUUUUUUUUUUUUUUUGUAUUUUAUAGGCGCUUGUAUGUUUAAUUCAAAUUUCGUCUUGCACUCGUUUCGUUACAAGUUUUUUUUGGUCUCAAAUUUUUACCGUUUAAGCGAAGCUAUGUUUCAUAAAUCAAUAAAGAUAUUGCCUAUUUAAA